AGGUGGUCGUCAACGCAGUGGCAGCCUUGGAAGACUGCCCGCUAUUUAACGCCGGAAAAGGGGCUGCACUGACCAUCGAAGGCGACCACGAGCUCGAGGCGGGACUGGUUGACGGUCGUUCAGGCUUGUAUGGUGCGGUGUCUUGCCUAACGACGACAAAGAACCCUAUCCUCGCUGCAAAUGCCAUCCUCCAGCAUGGAGUGCACUGCAUGCUAGUAGGCAAUACUGCCGAUGGCGGGCGACGAGAUAUUCCGGCAACUACUCGCUACCAAAGUUGCAAACCAGUAUUCCCGCGGCUUCGAUAUUGAGAACGCUACUCGUCGCGCCGUUUCGCAGUUCGCCCUUAUAGGAAAGCCUUGCGCAGUCGUAGCACUGGACGACCAAGGAAAGUUCUCCGUACAAUCGACAGCUCGACUCUUGUCGACAGCUUCAGCAUCCUCCAAUCAUCAGUCCACCGUGGAUAUGAGUUGUACCACAUCUCCGGUGUUACCCCAGCAUGUAUUCUUCCGCAACCGGCGAAUUGUCGCCGGUCUGUCGCGCUAUCCCACUACUCGAGGGGAAUCUCUAGUAAUUCUCGAGCAACUAGGCGUGCAUCUAUUUUCACUUGAUCGACAGGACUUUCUUGAGGUUAUGUCCAGAGUAAAGCACCUUGCGCAUGCACUUCGCGACUUCUACAAUGUCGGACGCUGUGCGCUUGUUACUGAAGGUAAUGGUUCGAUCUCGAUCGUUCCACUGCAUGGCUUGGAAAAAUCAUGGAAGCCUGUGACUAGUCAUGAGAAAGAGUUCCAAGAAACAUACCCAGGCUAUAUUUCCUCCAAGGACGGACCGACCAUGGAUUCUGGGAGAUUGGCUCAAAUCACUGCCACGAUUCGGCGAGAGACCGGACUCAAGGAGCCUUUGAAUCAUUACUUCAAAGGCGAUCAUAGGGACAGUAAUCUUUUCGCCAGGCUUGUCCGCGGGGAGCUCCCUCAGUCACGCGUAUGGGAAGACAGGGAACAUGUCGCGUUUCUCACGCCCUUUGCGAACACGCCUGGUUUCACGGUGCUUGUGCCCCGCGAACAUCUUACAAGCGACAUUUUCAGCAUUGAAGACACUAAUUACGCAAACCUUAUGGAUGCCAGUUAUACUCUCGCUGGUUAUCUGAUGAAAGCAUUUGGAGUACCGCGCUGUGGCAUGAUAUUCGAAGGCUUUGAGAUUGACUAUGCCCAUGUCAAACUCAUUCCUAUCCACAGCCGCGAAGUUUAUAGUCAGUCACUAGAGUCUGGUCCUACAACCGAGAUGGCACCAUACGAAGAGGGAUAUCGGGGAUAUGUCACCUCUCUGAACGGUCCUCUUUUCCAAGACCAAGAGUCCUUAGUACUCGAUGCGUCCUCUCUUCGGAAAAUUAUCCACUGCGAACGCAUCCAGCCGCCUCAGUCUUGGAAGAGUCCCCGGGAGCACGCAACUGUUGUUCUGUCAGAAUCAUGGUAUGAAAACCUCUUCACAAUUCAAGAUUCGCUCUUCCACUCGUCCGUCGGUUUCUUCAAGCUAGGCGUUAAUUACAAGUACGCUUUUGUCCCAGCCACUACCAACGCAAUAAGCUCUGCUAUGGGUCUAUGCUCCGACUCCCAGCCUGUACCCAUAACGUUGCUAGGUCAGAAGACAUAUCUCGCAGACUCUAUGCAAUUUGCGCUAGAGUAUUCCCUUCGCAUAGAAGAUGGUUUGGAUGGAGUUUACUAUAUCAACACUUCUUUCCGAGGCGAGGAUUCUGAUGCCAUGCAUUUGAACCAAUUUUACCAUGUGGAAUGCGAGCUCGCUGGUGAUUUCGACGAAGGCAUAUCCGUAGCAGAGCGGUAUCUGGUGAGCGUCAUCUCUGCACUCCUUCGAGACCAAAGCGAUACCAUCGAGGCAUCAGUUGGCACGAUUGAACACCUCACCGACUUCCUAGAGCUCUACCGACGACACGAUCAGAAACUUCCCCGCAUCACGCUCGAAGAAGCCCUCAGCCUCCCUGAGAUGGACCAAACAUGCUGGAAAUACGUCGUCCCCGAUAACAAAGCCCACGGUCGCACGAUAACCCGCGCCGGCGAACAAAAAUUGAUUCAGCACUUGGGCGGUGCAGCCUGGCUGACCGAAAUGGACCACCUCAGCGUCCCUUUCUACCAAGCCUAUAUACAUUCCACCUCUCACAGCAAAGCUCGCUGUGCCGAUCUCCUCCUUGGGAACGGCGAGGUGCUUGGCUUGGGCGAGCGACAUGUAAGCUCUGAGGAGGUGAGGAAUGCGCUAAAGCAGCAUGAGGUACUAGAGGAGCCGUAUAAGUGGUAUUUGGAUAUGAGAGACCAAAAGGAGAUGAGGACGACGGGUUGGGGGAUGGGCAUUGAGAGAUUUCUGGCGUGGGUUGUAAGGCAUGAUGAUAUUAGGGAUUUGGUGGUAAUGCCGAGGAUGAAGGGAACCGAAUUCCUUGUGUAACUGUCUUUACCAUCGCCCGUCUCCUAGGAUGGGGAACCUUGGUUCCGAUCUUUCUUUCCACAGUCUAUCUCCGCUCAUUUGUAGAUCUGCGGUGGAAUAGAGGGUAACAAGCAAUGGUAUAAAGGUAGAAGAACACCUUGACCACGCCAGCAGGGAGGACAGCCGACCCGCUCCUGCCAUAGGGUU